AUGUCCUUCGAAGACCGAGUAAUUUUAGAUCUCAGACACCGUCUGCUCGCCAUCCUCCCCGACUACGGCCUCGUCUCACCCGCCCUAAUACUCCUUGCGGAACUCGCUAGACGGCUACAAGGCGAGUACGAGGGGACCUGCGGCUCAGAACAGCUGUACCGCCUGGCCAUGCUGCGAGAAACCGCGCUUGCCCGAACUACUCAUGAAUCCCACAAUAUCGAUGAGACGAUCUGGAAGGCAUUGCUAGACGAGGUAUGCCAUCGAGUCUUGGAAGGAUCGGGGGAAGCUCACCACGAAGAUUACGAUGACUACGCUGAAGGGCCGCGGGAGGAAUUACUCUUGCCUUGGCCGAGAGGCGUGCCAUUUGAGCAGAUUGUGAGGGCGGGCGAGAAAUUAGUGAAGCACGGGCGUGAGAAUGGCGAGUGGAUAACUAGGACUGCUUCUAGAGAGACAUCAUCGCGGACCCUCUGUCCACUAAAUGCGCCUACUGGGGGCGAUUCUUCUCUUGCGGAGAUUCCACUCCUAGGGGCAGGAACGUCGCCAUCGGUGCCCAUAAUAUCAGCAGGAAAAAGCUCGACAACCUCGAUCCCCAGUGUUCCUUCCUUCACCUACGCGUCCCAGCCGGCACGAGUCCAGAUAAAUGGUACGUCCAUCGCAUCCGAGAUCCAGUGCACACGGUUUAACAUCAGCACUAGUCGCUGCAACUAUCGAUCCUCUGCGUACCAGCAUUCACCCUCGGUAACACCAACACCAACACCAACGCCAACCAUUCCAGAUAAUACUCAAUCGCUAAUCGACUCGUCUUUAUCGCCAUAUAACCCUCAACCACGCGGUAACGGGCGCCAAGUCCUCAUGAACUGGGUAGGUGACCGCGAGCCGAUGUGGGAGCCGUCGAGCGAACUCCAGCGGGCGAGUGGACCGGCGGCACUGUGGGAGUUCGAGAAUUAG